CACGUGGUGUUUAUUCGUGUUUGCAAACCGAUGUUUUGAUCAAGCCGCCCGCCAUCUUCGCGACGGAGCAGGCGAGCUCAAAAUAACAUCGAUAUUUUGUAUCUUUUGGACGAUCGUCACUCGUAAUAAGAAUACCUUGUUGUGAAUAGAUGUUUAGUGACACCAAAGAAGAAAGAUGAGUUUGGAAACUUUAUUAGAAGCAGCUGAAUUUUUGGAGUCGCGCGGACAAGGUACCGAUGCGGACAAAAAGCUGCGCCAAAGUCUAGACAGGCAAUUCUCAGAACCUGGAACGUCGUUUGAUAGCAGUGACAGUGGAUUUCAUUUCGUAAAGGGACGACCUCGCACUAAAUCCGGGUCAAGCAGAUCUGAUACACCAGUUUCUCAAGGAUCAGACAACUUCUUUCUCAGAGCUGGCACUCGAGAAGUUCACAACAAGUUGGAGAAAAACAGGCGAGCACACCUGAAAGAAUGUUUUGAUUUUCUCAAGAAGAAUAUACCUAAUUUAGAGGACAGAAGGACGUCAAACCUGGGCAUUUUACGAAGCUCGCUAAGGUACAUUCAGAACUUGAAAAGGAAGGAGCGAGAAUUUGAGUUGGAGAUGCAAAGAUUUGCCCAUGAGAAAAUAGUUCUUCAGGAGCGUAUGAAUGCAUUGAAAGGAGAGUUAAAUAACAUGAAUAUUGAUGUUGACAUUAAUGCGUUUGUUUACCAUCCAGAAACAGACAAUGAUUCCAACUCAACUUCUACAGCAACAGAGCGUGGCACCCCACCACCCAGUGACCAUGAUGAACAAGAUGAUGACGAAGAGGAAGCUGAAAAUCUUGCCAUGGAAACUAACUCUCCUACACCAAAAUCACCAAGGAAACGAAAGCUCUCCAUAAAAAAAGAUACACCAAACAGCAUGACACAUGCAGAACUUGUGGCGCCAAAAAUGACAAUGCAAUCUUCUAUUAACGGAAUAAUAAAAUCACAUUCUGCACCAACUUUUUCUGUGCCAAAACCAUCGCCUAAGAAAGUAAUUCCAAUCACCUUAAGCUUGUCAGGACCUGUCUCCUCCCCCUCAAUGUCUGUGAUAAACACUAUUAACCCUGGGCCGGCGGCUUUUGAGAUGAGUGUAACUGGGAAGAUUCUAGAGAUCCCGCCGGUACGACCGCCCGUCACCCAGAUCCUUCAUCGUACCCUACAACAGAGACAGCAAGCUUUGCUCUCACAGAAAAUGUUGUCAAGUACGAGUACAGUAUCUAAAGUGGCUUCUGCACCGUUAACUGCAGCACAAUUGAAAUCACCACCUUUGUCACAACCUUACCCUGUGGUUACUAUGGUAACAUCACAGUUGACAGCUCAACCACCAAUGGUUGUCAAGGAUGGAAUAACCUCAUCCACAAAGCUAAUAACAAGUGCAGUGGGAACUAGUACUAGUAAAGUUGUAAGUGCAGUUAGUGGAGUGCCAACGAUGAGUAUCCCUUAUUACAUGUCUUUACAAAAGAUUGCCCAUCCAGUUUUGGUGACGUCAUUGAUGGCCCCAGCUGUAGGACUGCAGUCAUCUUCAACAACUGUUCCAGUUUCUUCUGUUACCCCGGCAACCAUGUCAUCAGGCAUGCCUGCCUUAUCUGUUAAAAAUGUUUCAAAACCGGAGACUAUCCCAUCAUUGGCACUAACUAACAACAAUCUUAGGGCAUUGAAUACUUUACCAACGAUAGCUCUUGUGUCUACAUCAAAGACAGAAGCUUCACCAACAGCUAAUGUCGCUUCAACAUUACAAUCAUCAUCAAUUCCAAUACGACCAAUAUUUGCUCCUAACUUACUAGCUGGACAACAACUUGCGUGGCCAUUUGUGACUAUUCCAAGGUCGAACAUGCUAGUAACAUCUACGGCAGUUCCAAUGCAAGCUUCAACUAUUGCUGCUUCGUCGACCCAAGUGACUAACAAUCCUCUUGUUUCAUUGGCUCAAUUAAAUCAGCUGACACAAAUGAUGACGCCGAUGACAGUGAUGUCCCCUGGGAUACAGAUGACACCUUCUGCUUUGACGCAGGCGCAGUUAAAUUCCAUGUUUACGUCACCGAUUCUAAAACAAAUUCCGCUUGGUAUUCCAUCAUCUAUGCUACAUUCCGGGCAGGUCCUCGGACAGCAAGUUUUAAAACCAGUUGUAGUUGUUACCGUGCCAAAUGUUUUGUCACAGUCGUCGGCCACGUUGCCUAGCAACACGACAUUAGUUACAUCCUCAUUGUGAUAGUUUUGACUAGUCUACUGACCAAAUCGGAGAAAUUUAUGUUAUGUUAAAUGAGAGGAUAAUUGCAGAACAGGAAGUGUUAUGAAAUAAGUAAUUUCCCGGAACCAAGUAUUAUAUAUGAAAUAGUUUAUUCGGAGAACGUUUUCAGUGUAUUUGUUGAUUGUAUGACCAAAUGUGAAGUGAGAGGUAUGUGCCAAACCAAAAGAGAAACGGAAAAUUGAUACUUAAAUGAGGACUCUAAACUAAUUUACAGUGACUAAAUUUACAAAAUGUGAUAAAAGAAAAUUUUGUGCUUGGAUUACAUCAGCAUGAUCAGCUCUUGGGACUAACAAAGUGAAUAGAUUUCACAUAAUUCUCUAGUAUACAUACAGCCCAACUGACCUUAGUUUGAUAAAGGAUAACUGGAUAUUCGAUAGCAUGAGUCAAAUGCAAAAGCAGUGUAAAUUAUAACGUUAAAUGUUAAAAGUUUUUACACAUUAAAACAAUUCAGUAUUGACCCUACACUCUUGUCAAUAUCCUCUAUGUGUGCCACUGGUAUAAUAGUCAUAUCACUCGGCAUGUUGGGGGCAGCUGUGGCCGAGUGGUUAAUGUCAUUUACAUCAAACCACAUACCACUCACUGCUGCAGGUUCGAGCAACGGCUGUGUCUUCUGAUCCUUUAUGUGAGAAAGCUAUCCAGCUAGCUUAUGGAAAGUCUGGGGUUCUACUGGGUGCCUGUUUGUGCCUGAAAUAAUGUACAAAGGGGCACCUGGGUCUUCCUUCACCAAUAAAGCUGAAAGUUGCCAUAUGACCUAUAUUAUGUAGAUGUGACCUUAACCCAAUUUGAAAAAAGACAAUGGGCAAUUUUGACAUCUGUGAUAUUUAAAACUUAAAAAAAAAGGAAUAACAUUGGAAGUUACCUUUGGGAGCAGGGCAAGUUUGUUUACAUAUUUAGUUGCGAAGAAGUUUCAGAAAAACUGAUGGUUGCUUUAAAUAUUUUGUUGAAUGGAAAUGUUUUAAAAAGAUAAUUUAAGAUGUAUUGUGAAUAGAGAGAGAGGUAAUCAAAUUACCUUUAUGUAAUUUAAUGUUGUAUUAAUGCACUUAGUGUCAUUUUUGCUAGCAAAAUUUAUUUUGUUAUUGAUAUUUUCUUUCUUUCAUGGGCUGAUAAUUUACGCGAAAGUAAUAAAUGGCAUUCUGUAAAAUAGGUUUUAUUUAUGAUGCUUUAAUUUUGAUAUUAGUUAUUUCUCUAGUACAUCUAGAAAAUUAAAAUUUUCUUAAAUGGGAAAAUUCCUAAUCCGAGCAUAAUGACUGGUGAUUUCAGUGGUGGGUAAAUGAAGUGAAAAAAUUAUAAUAUGAAAAGAUUAAUGACUAUAGGUAACUUAAAGGACUUCCAUGGAGGUCCAAAAGCCUAAAAACAUACAAUUUGAAUUCCACACAUAGGUCAACAGAGGCACUUAUAUCUUUAAGAUAUGGAAAAGUUUAUUAAGAAAUAUACAAUGUACUCAGAAAUAAAUUGGAAAUCUUAUGUUUGUGCUAUUCUUAGUCUGGUUUGAGAGAAAAACGUUACAACGCUUUUCAAUUUAGGGUCAUUUUCACAAUUAAAAUAAUUAUUCUGGAAAAACGGAGCGAGCAAAUGAUCUGACAUUGUGCACAUAUAUUAUUGGUCUAGACCGUCAUCAAAUGGAAUAUUGAUCUCGAGAAAAUAUUUCCAGUUAAGUCAUGUCAAAAAAACCUGAGUGGAGUCCCUUUAAUGCAGGCAUCACCUUUUUGCAGGAUUUAAGUCUUCAGGAUUUAAUAAAAGGUUAGAAUUAGAAAACAUUUUGCAACAUUUAGUGUUUUUGAUGAUACUAAGACAACUUGUUUUAAAAACUUAAAAAAAAAUUUAUGCAACUGAUACUUUUCAAUUCCUCUUUGUUAGUUAGCUGUCUGUUUAUUAGAAUUAGUUAUUUAAUAUUUUAAUGUCAUCAUUUUUUGAAAUCACAAUAUUUUUUUUUUCAGUUUUCUGUAUUUCAUUGCAGUUGUAGAAGACAAAUGUGUGGUCUUUAUACAGAUCUUAUCAUGUGUUCAUAGUCCCCAUUUUGUGUUGUUAAAACGGUAACCAUGGUCUACACUUUAUAUUUAAUCAUUAGUAACAAUUAGAGCUGUCUUGAUAGAGACGAUAUCAAUGUAUCUAUUGAUAUUGUUGACAUUUUUUUUUGUUGAUCAAUAAUCAAUAGACAUUUGAAAAAAAUGAUAAAUUUGAUUAAUUAUUUAAAUGUCUCAAGAUUAUGAAAAUUCACCCAAAAACAUUUUUUUUUAAAUAUAUAUAUAUAUAUAAAAACAUAUUUAAAAGUUGAUCAAAAAAUUGAUCCAGUUAUUUUAAAUUUAUAUUGUUCUAAAUUUGGUCACAAAAUAUGUUUGUUUCUCAGCAAAUCAGCUAUUUAUUACUUUUUGCAUCAUACAAAAUAAUUUAAGCCUUAUAUGAACAAUGCAUAUUUUUAUACAGCAAAGAAAACAUAAUUUGAAUCGUUUGAUCUUGAUCUUUUUUUUACUAGUGAACUUGUGAGCCUGAGGUUGUUUCUCCACCGCUAGAACUGGGAAGCUAUCACAUGACCUUGUCAUAGUGACGUAAAACAACAACAACAACAAAACAAAAAAAACUGAAAAAAUACCUGCUGAUAAUCAUGAAAGUGUUUAAAUGUUGAUCAUGUAAUGUAAAUUUAAUUUCUGUUCUUUAUCUAGUGGUUUUGAAGGUACAAUACUAAUGCCUUAUUAGGUAUUUCAUACAAUUAUGAAUUUUAUUGUUAAAGUACCAUAUACUAAAGUACAGUCUGUUGUUUUAUAUAGAUUCAUUUAAAAAAAAAAUCUGUCCUUUCUUUUUCUAAAUUUUUGCACGGCUGAAGAAUUAGGUACAUGUAGUUUAUAUUGUAAGUUUGUUGUUGAUAUAAUUGAACCAUGUCAUUUUUUCAGAUCAUGCUUUUUAUUUGUGCAAGUAUUUUGGAUAUAUUAUAAGCACUAACCAAAUUAGUUACUGUUCGUCUUGGAUCACUGUUGAUUAUUUAUAUUAAUUUCUAUGAUAUUAAUUUAAAUCAUUGAUUUUAGUUGUUGACAUAUUUGUCUUGUAAUUAUUUAUUAUAAUGAUAGAAGCAAUGGUAGUGCUGUUUCAACAUAGUGCAAUGAUUGAAAAAAUAAAAUAUAUAAAACUUG